AUGCUGGUGGCCCUCCUCACAAUGGUCCUGCUGGGCCUGAGCUUUGCUCAGCAGCCAGAACUUCAGAACCUAAACCAGAUUCCAAAACAGAGGCCACCACCUUCAGGAUUCCUACCAAGACCCUCUGCUAAUGGGAACCAGCAAGGCCCACCCCCACAAGGAGGACGACAGCAGAAACCUCAAGGCCCACCCCCACCUGAAGGACCACAGCAGAGACCUCCUCAAGGCCCACCCCCACAAGGAGGCCCACAGCAGAGACCUCAGGGCCCACCCCCACCAGGAGGACCACAGCAGGGACCUCAAGGCCCACCCCCACCAGGAGGACCACAGCAGAGACCUCAGGGCCCACCCCCACCAGGAGGACCACAGCAGAGACCUCAAGGCCCACCCCCACAAGGAGGACCACAGCAGAGACCUCAAGGCCCACCCCCACCUGGAGGACCACAGCAGAGACCUCAGGGCCCACCCCCACCAGGAGGACCACAGCAGAGACCUCAAGGCCCACCCCCACCAGGUGGCCCUCAGCAGAGACCUCCUCAGCCUGGAAACCAACAAGGCCCUCCACAAGGUCCCCAAUUGGGCAGACCUCAGGGACCUCAGUAA